AGCCUAGUUUAGUAAUUAUCAAAAUCAAUGUAGGCCUAAGACUAAGACUCAUAACUUAAGGAAGAGGCUUACUGAUAAAUAGGCCUAUGUUCGAGUUUGUGUUUUUCAGGGAAUUGAAACCUUUAGUCCUGAUGUCCAAAAACCAGGACAGCGAGAAACCCAGUCGGGGGCCCAUAGCAACAGUGAAUACAGAUGCUGCCUUGAAAGGAUGUCUGACCGAAGGCUACCCGGACCUUGCUAAGAUUGUCAGGAUUUUCACCAGUUCAACUUUCACAGACACAUCUGUUGAACGGAACAACUUGAUGGAGAAGGUCUAUCCUCAACUCAAGACCUAUUGCCAAGAAAGAGGUUAUGAGUUCCAAGUUGUUGACAUGCGUUGGGGUGUCCGAGAUGAGUCCACUGUCGAUCACAGAACUUCUGAACUGUGCAUGAGAGAAUUGAGAGAAUGCCAGAGACUCUCAACAGGACCGAACUUCAUUACAUUCCUAGGUCAGAAAUAUGGCUAUCGUCCUUUCCCACCCAUAAUUCCUGCCACAGAUUUUGAGAAGAUUCUCUCAGCAGUCGCCAAUAAAUCCGACUCUGAGUUACUACAGAAAUGGUUCAAGAAGGAUGAGAAUCGCAUCCCUGACACAGACUACCUCUUGCAACCAAUUCUGGACUACUUGCCGCAUUACAGUGACGUGGACAAUGCUGAGAAGAGGAAAAAGGAUCAAGAUGCAUGGUGGAAUGAUUUUGAAAGAAUGCAACUGAUACUGCGAGGAGCGGCAAGCAAGGUGUUUCCAGAUGGAGUAAAGAAACACAUGUUCUAUAUGUCAGUGACAGAAGAUGAGAUAACACAUGGGAUCCUGAAUGCAACUAAUCCUGAUAAACACUGUCACUGGUUCCGCCGUACCAUCACUGAUAUGCUGGACAAAACGUCUGCCAAGAAAGCGUUUCGGUUCAUGGAUAUGAGCAAGGGAAAGGUAGAUGAGGAGGCAAAGAAGUUGCUGUCGAGACUUAAGAAUGAUCUAAUACCAGCCAAGCUUCCAGGAAAGUUCAUUACGGACUACAAGGUGAAGUGGAAUGAUGAAGGAAUCAAUCCUGCACUGAAAGAGCACCAGGCCUACAUCGAUCAGUUCCUCAAGGAUUUUUAUGCAACGCUGUGCUCGAUGAUCUCACAGGGAAUUGUAGAAAAGCAGGGUGUCCACCAGCUUGAUGAGAGUCUACUCGAGGUUGUGCGCCAUGUAACCUUUGCCAAGGAGAAAAGUGAAAGCUUUUGUGGCAGAGGAACCCUCCUGGAAAAUAUAGAGAAGAAAAUUAAGGCAGGAAACAAAAAACCAGUGGUUAUAACUGGCACAACAGGUUCAGGAAAGACGGCCCUUAUUUCAAAAGUUGCAGAGCUUCUACCCAUAUGGUUCAGCGAUAAAGAAGUGGUGACAAUUGUGCGAUUUGUUGGGACUACCAUGGCUUCUAGUAGCAUUCGGCCACUCCUGAUAAGUCUUUGUCAGCAGGUUGGAAAGCUUUUCAUGCAGGAAUUACCUGAAGGAAUAAGUAAGCUGUCACUAAAAAUGCUUGUGGAGACAUUUGCCAAGUUACUAAAUUCUGUCGAUCAAAAUCGGGAGGUCUUCAUUUUGUUGGACUCAUUGGACCAGCUUGAUGAAAGUGGAAAUGGUCGAAAAAUGGACUGGCUACCAGCUUCACUCAAAUUGAAGAAUGUCCAUAUGAUUCUGUCAACUCUUCCAGAUGAUGAGUUUGAAGUGCUGCCUGCCUUGAAGCUAAGAAUCAAGGAUGAGUCCUGUUACGUGAAUGUGAAGACAUUGGAAACCAGCGACAUUGACGUAAUUGUGAAGGAGUCCCUGAAUGGGAUGGGACGGAGCUUAACGUCUGUUCAAAUGAAAGUUGUCAAAGAUGCCAUCAGUGCCUGUGCAUAUCCUCUGUACCUGAAGUUAGCUCUCGAUGAGGCAGCAAGAUGGAAGUCUUAUUCUACCCCUGAUGUGACCAGGCUGGAACCGACCGUGCCUAAGGUGAUCCAUGCCUUGCUAGAUAGAUUGGAGAGGUAUCAUGGUCUUUUGCUGAUCAGCCAUGCACUGGGAUACAUUACUGCUUCGAAGGCAGGUCUCAGUGAAGCUGAGCUAGAUGAUAUCCUGUCCUGCGACGACGAGGUCCUCAAUGAUGUCUACCAAUACUCGGUUCCACCAGUGCGACGGUUGCCUCCACUGCUCUGGGUGAGGGUGCGGAAUGAAUUAAGCGAGUACCUGACCGACCAUGGUUCUGAUGGCGUCCAAGUCAUCAACUGGUAUCACAGGCAGUUCAUAGAUGUUGCCACAGAAAGAUACCUUGCUGAUAAAGCACAGAGGAAAUUUUACAAUGCAGCAUUGGCAGACUAUUUCAUUGGGAAAUGGUCUGGAAAGGUAAAGAAGCCAUACAAAGACAAGAAGGGGGUACCCUGUGAAGCUGAGCGUUUCGUCAGCGCCCAGCCUCUUGUUUACAAGGAAGCAGACAACCCAGAUGAUGUGAUAUGCAACUACAGGAAGAUGAGUGAACUGCCAUAUAAUCUGAUCAUGAGUGGGAAUAUAGACCUACUGAAGAAGCAGGUGUUCUGUAACAUGCUGUUCUUGUACCAGAAAAUAAGGGCAAGUGGAAUUGACAGUGUGUUGGAUGACUUCGACUUCGCAGAGAGCCAAGGGCUGAUGGAUGCAGAUGUUGAAGCAGUGUUGAAUGCCCUGAAGAUGUCCAUCAAUGGCAUACUCACUGACUUCAAACAGCUUCCCGUCCAGCUGGCUGCAAGACUCAACACACAGAAGUCGAACAACUCAAAGUACCUCACAGAUUUGGCUCUUCAGGGAGAAAACAUGCCGUUCCCCUGUCUGCUUACCAGACAAGGAUUUCUAUCACUUGGUGACGGAAAGAUGGUGAGAAUAGCUGGCCAUGAGAUUCAAAUAAUGGCUUUGGCACUAUCAGAGAAGUGCAACAAGGUCGUCACAGCUGCCAUGGACAAUAUAGUUUGUAUCUCAGAUCUGGACUCAGGUCGGUCAAUCAAGACAUGGAAUGUGUCAGAACUUCUCGAUACCUACCAUCCUGAUCAUGUCCUGCUCUGCAAGAAUGAUGAGCUGCUAGUUUGUGGCUGGAGGCACCAGAUAUGCUUCAUCGAUGUGCUAUCUGGGGAAGUUUUAAAGGAGAAAACAAUUAGGAAUAUCAAACAAGAGGAAGGAUUCCAUCAAGUUCCAAUGCAAUACUAUCCGCAGAAGUCUUUGCUUUUAUACUUGACUGAUCAGAAGUUGAUGGUGUGGAGUCUGAAGGACUUUACCAAAGUAGCUGAAAUCGAUGCAGGUAUUUUCCCAGCAGGAAAUAUGAUGGCCAAAGAGUACUUUCAGAUUGUUGGAUCUACUGUGCUGAUCCUGCGGCCCGGAGCAGCAGAUGUCAGGACUGGUGACCUUGAGGCCCUCGUCAAAAAUGAGCCAUUCAAGAAAUUUGCUAUAAACGAUAACCCUGAGAAGUGGACGUAUCAUGCUGUGAUGACUCCAUCGAAGAAGGUUGUGUGCUUUAUCUACUCGAAUGAUCCACCAGUAGUUGGAAAGAUGACCUACAAACAGCCAGAGAUCAAAGUCUUCACCAAUGGAAAACUUACCAAGACGUUUCCAUGCUUCCAGAUGACUUAUGCUGUUGGAAAAGAGAUACUCUUGGAUUGCAUGGAUGACAAGCAUGUUCUUUUCAACAACUUCGAGGCUACUGCUGGAGGUAGUGCCAUCUAUUGUAUCAAUAUUGAAACGGGGAAGUUCCACUUAUCCCUCCAGGAGACUGGACUAAUCAGUAAUGCUGAUUACUAUGGAGGUGGCCGACUGGCUGUUGUGAAUGCCACCAGUCCAACCGUGGUGGAUAUCAAGCGGAUUGAGAUUGGAGCUGACCGUGGGGAAGUUGAGGCUGGUUGCUCAGAUGACAAUCUAGUGACGUCUGCUUUUGCGGAUGAAGUUGAAUGUACAAAUGUGCUCCCUAGCAGUGUGCGAUUUGUUGCUAGUAGCAACCGCAACUUUGGCCUUCACAUCUGGGAUCUCGCCAGGAUGAAGGAAGUUCGUCUGUUGGAGGUCAGAAACAUUGGUUGUUACACCACUUUGAUGGAGUUCCCGACAUCAUCCACAGCUGUCUCAUUUACUGGACAGAAGCAGCUUGUCUCGUUUGACUUGAAAACACUGGAGAUGUUUGGGCCACAUGAUCCACCAAUGUCUGGUAAACCACAGACCAAUAGCAUCAGAGUGGUGAAUUCAAAGACUGCCAUCGGGCCAGCACCAAAGGAUCAGACGUGUGUCAAGAUCUAUGAUGUCAAGACAGGCAAGGCAAUAUCAUCCUUAAAGAUGAAAGCCAAGGAGAAAGUACAAAGUCUGGAGUUGAGCGGAAAUAGCCAGUUUGCCUUCUUCUUCAUGGGUUCCUAUGUUGCUGUAUGGGAUUUAAAGAAGAUGUCCCGCCUUCCUGACAUCAAGUUUCAAGGGCUGAAGGAGAUGGAUAUUAAUUCUAAGGGCAGUGUAGCGAUAAGCUAUGAUGGUCAACACUUUGUUGCUGUUGACAAAUACACAAACAAUAAGCAGAACUUCAUUGUCUGGGAUGUCCAAACAGGAAAAGCCACGCCGGUGAAGUCACCGUUUGCAAGCAACAUCAAUUCCUGUUCUGUUGCAAUAUCAAGGAAACUGCAGUCCGUCAUUGUAGGUUACAAUACAGAUCUUGUAGCGAUCUUUGGCUUGAAGAGUCUCCAGUGCGAUGAAUCUUUCAAGCUACUCUCUACCAUUUCAUUUGUGAACAGUAUCACUCUGAAUGAAGAUGGCACCCUGAUGGCCACCAAGGGGGGACAGGAGACUACAAUAGUGCUAAUAGAUCUAGAGAAGAGAACCAGAAUAGCCACAGUCACAGCAGAUGCCUCUCUCUUGGGCGAAGGUCGCUUCUCAAAAGACAGCAACUUCUUCAUCCUCGGAGGAUCAAAGUUCAAAGGCCCUGUACAGCUUUUCAUCCACAGACCUGAAAACAAGGUAAACUUUGAACAGGCACUUGCAGCACUGAAGAAGAAGGAAGACAUUUUUGGCGAGUAUAAGAAGAGAACCCUUGAACCUCUAGUAAAACCAGAAGAUGCAGAGAAAAACCCAAAGGCUGCAAAGUGAGUGACUUUGGGACUAUGGCUAUCUGAUUGUCAGCCAAUUAGAAAUAUUGUUCAAAUUCAGAACAACUGCAUGAUACAUUGUAUCGGUAGGUAUCAGGAAAUUAUACACAAAGUUUUUUGUUAGCACUGCAAUAGACACAGAUUCAAAUUUAUGACAGUAGGAUGUCUUUGUAUAAAAAACUGUUGGUACAAAUAGUUGUUUUUAUAGUUUUACACAUCCGUCCAUCAGAAAGAACACUUAGCGUGUGUUAGAAAGUACAUGUAUCUGUAUAUCUUAUGUACCUUUUGUCUUGACCCCUUAAUCUAAUUAUGUAUUUUUGAUAGCUUGACACCUCCGUCCAUUAUUUUGACAUCCAGAUAAAACAGUGUCGGUCAUUAUUAAACGAUUGUUAUAAUUAUAUGAUGAAUUACGAUUUUACAUGCAGGUUAAUUGUUGCUUGAACUUUACAAAAGUGAUAUCAUUCCCUUUUUCUGAACACAAGCAUUUGUAUUCUUGAGUAAUACACGUGUACAUGUAGAUCUCAAAACAAUUAUAUGUAUACUUGGUUUGUACCAGCUAUUGAUUUUUAUGUUUACUAUUUUUGCAAUGCCUUGCCAUGAGUCAUGUGCCAUACUCAUAUGUCUAUCAUGAGUGAUGAUGAUGUUAUAAUAUGACAAAUGUUAGUAAUAAAUUUAUCACUCCUGCGUAAGAAUUUCAAGUACAAUGUAGAUUGCCAGAUUCUCACUAUAUAUUAACCUUAUUUGUUAUAAUGUAUUCUUGAAAUCAGAGGUUCAGAACUCUUGCCUUCAUUUUAACAGGGAUUCUGUUUACAGAACUUUUAUUAUGAUACUUUGCAUCUUGCCAAAUGUUAUGUGCCAUGCUUUAUAAUUGUUGUUGUAUUUUUCCAUUUUAAUGAAUAAUAAAUGA